CUCUUCUGGUGGGCACUCGAAACCGCCGGGCCUGAAGCGGGCGCUCUUCCAGCUUGGAGAAGGCUGCGGGACUUAAUCCGUGGCGCCUCGCCAGCUACAGGACGACGCGGGCUCCUGAGCGGCAGAGCAGCGCAUCAUGCAGGAUCCCAAUGAAGAUACAGAAUGGAAUGACAUUUUAAGAGAUUUUGGCAUUCUUCCUCCUAAAGAAGAGUCAAAAGACGAAAUUGAAGAAAUGGUUUUACGUUUACAGAAAGAAGCAAUGGUGAAACCAUUUGAAAAGAUGACUCUUGCACAGCUGAAGGAGGCUGAAGAUGAAUUUGAUGAAGAAGAUAUGCAAGCUAUUGAAACAUAUAGAAAGAAGCGGUUACAGGAAUGGAAAGCUCUUAAGAAAAAACAAAAAUUUGGAGAAUUAAGAGAAAUUUCUGGAAAUCAGUAUGUGAAUGAAGUCACAAAUGCAGAAAAAGAUGUGUGGGUUAUAAUUCAUCUAUACAGAUCAAGCAUCCCAAUGUGUUUGUUGGUUAACCAGCAUCUUAGUCUUCUAGCAAGAAAGUUUCCAGAAACUAAAUUUGUUAAAGCCAUCGUGAAUAGCUGUAUUCAACAUUACCAUGACAAUUGUUUACCAACAAUUUUUGUUUAUAAAAAUGGUCAGAUAGAAGCCAAAUUCAUUGGAAUUAUAGAAUGUGGAGGGAUAAAUCUCAAGCUGGAAGAACUUGAAUGGAAGCUAGCAGAAGUUGGAGCAAUACAGACUGAUUUGGAAGAAAACCCCAAAAAAGACAUUGUAGAUAUGAUGGUAUCUUCAAUUAGAAACACUUCUAUUCAUGAUGACAGUGAUAACUCCAACAGUGAUAAUGAUACCAAAUAGAGAGAAAUAUUCAAUAAAUAGCUUUUAGUAUA